CCUGGGGUGAGGACCCUGUCAUGGUUACUGGAGCUCAAAGGGACCCAGGAACCAUCUCUUCUGUACCCCAAACAAAGGUCCUGGGAGCAUCCUGACGGCAGCACGUGGAGACAAGGUCCUGGUAGUUCCUCCCAAGUCUCUCCCUACUGCCCCCAAGGAGCAUGGGCUCACUCACCACCUCAGCCUCAACUGUCCUGCCAGAGAAUAGGAUGCAGACACUCAACUGUUUGGAGCCCUGGCAUGGCGUGGUGAUCGCGGCUGUGUCCCUCUUCCUGCAGGCCAGCCUCCUGGCAGCCCUCUAUUGCCUGUUCAGCCGGCGCCUGGCCAGGCACAGUGAGAGAAUAUUGAAAGAGGUCAGAUCCCAGGACUCCCGUCCCAGUCCUGACCACCAUCCCUCACCAGCUACCCAGGAGCCGAAAGUGACUCUGGCAGAAAGAAGCGCCCUUGUGUCUGAUCUGCACUACAGGCAUGGCAGCGACACAUCCUCAGACAGCUCUAGCAGCUCCAGCAGCUCUGGCAGCUCACCGCCCAGCCAUCAGGCCAACAAAGAUAUGAAUUAUACACAAGUGGUCUUUCCAGACCCUGGAGGACUGAAAAAUGAAACUGCACUGGACUAUGAAAACAUAAAAGAAGCCAAAGAUUAUGUCAAUGUCAACCCCCAAAUUCGCAAGCCCAACAUCUGGACUUUUGUGAAUCCUGAUGUCUCUGAGACAGUGGAAUACACUCAGGUGGCCAAGUGA